AUGGGCAGUGGUGGUGCUAGUGCUGGUGUGGGUGCUAGUCAACUAGUUUCUCAGAAUCAGACAAAGAGAAAGAGGAUAAGCCAAAGUAAUAGUAGAGGUCCAAUUGAUUUAUAUAUGAAGACAGACCACCAAAAAACUCAACAGGCCACUCUUGAAAGAGACUCAGCUGUGAAAGAGAAGUUAAUGAAGACUGCAUGGAAAUGCAUUUCAGCUUGGAUGACUGAGAAUUCAGUAUCAUUUAACACUGUUCGUUGCCCAAGUUUCAAAGAAAUGAUAUAUGCAAUAGGCGACUAUGGGAAAGCUAUGCCCCCACCAUCUUACCAUCAGAUUCGUACGAAUCUUUUCAAGGACCGGUUAGUAGAAAUGAAGAAAUUUGUUGAUACAUUUAGGGAACAUUGGAAGAGGUUUGGAUGUUCUAUCAUGUCUGAUGGCUGGACAGAUGGGAAAAAGCGACAUCUUAUUAACUUUUUGGUGAAUUGUCCGAAAGGGACAGUUUUUUUGAAGUCUGUGGAUGCGUCAAACAGAACCAAUGAUGCUAAUUUUAUACGUGGGCUUGUAAAGGAGGUAAUUAACGAUGUUGGGGAAGAAAAUAUAGUUCAGUUCAUUACCGAUAAUGGUUCAAAUUUUAAAAAGGCAGGGGAAGAUUUAAUGCUUGAAUACCCAAAUAUGUUUUGGACUCCUUGUGGUGCUCAUUGUUUUCAGUUGAUGCUAGAAGAACUUGGUGGCAAGCUUCCACGAAUCAAGACAGCCGUCAUUCUAGGUAAGAGACUCGUUACAUAUAUUUAUGCUCAUUUUCAAGUAUUAAGCUUAAUGAGGGAGAUGAUCGGUGGUGAAUUACAUAGGUCUACAAAGACUAGAUUUUCAACUCAGUACUACACACUAGAAAGUCUUGCAAAGUAUAAAACCCAUUUGCAAAUAAUGUUUGUGAAUGAUAAGUGGUUGAAAAUGAGGUUUGCAAAAGAAACUAUGGGAAUUAAUGUACUUAAAAUUGUCACAAGCGGUACAUUUUGGGAAGAUGUUGAUUAUUCUUGUAGAGUGCUAAAGCCUUUGGUUAAGGUUGUAAGGUUAGUGGAUAUCGAGCGCAAACCUACAAUGCCUUGUUUUUAUGAAGCAAUGAGGAUAUCAAGGGAGAAACUCGAGGAGAAUUUCAGUCAAGAUGAUAGUACUUGGGCUGUAAUUAAGGCUAUCUUUGAUAAAAGAUGGAAGAAUAACUUCAAUCAUGCUCUACAUUGUGCUGCAUAUUAUUUAAAUCCUUCCAUAUUCUACAAAGUCCCUGCUCAUCUAAUGGAUAAUGAUCUUAAGUACAUAGAAAUCAAAAGGGGACUUCAUACAGCAAUGCAAAGGCUUAUUCCCAAUGAAGAAGAUCUUGAGAAAGCUACAACUGAAUUGAGAGACUACAGUGAUGCUAACGGGAUCUUGGGAACUCCGGUUUGCAAAAAAAGAAGAUAUAAAGAUCAACCUCAUGAUUGGUGGAUUACAUAUGGAGGAAUCGAUACCCCAAACCUACAAAAAUUUGCAAUAAGGGUAUUGAGUCUUACUUGUUCUGCUUCCCGUGUGAGCGAAACUGGAGCACAUUUCAGAAUGUAA